UGAGUUGAAAGGUCAAAGUAAAAAUUUCCGAUGGGCCAUGUGACUGCAACUUAUGAGAGACGUAAACCCAGAAGAGACACAAAUAAAGAAACCACGUAUAAAAAAAUAAAAAAAUCAAAGCACAAAAAACACAUGUUUUACUAAAAAAGUCGGCAGCGAUUGAUGGUUGGUCACACCACCGAAGAAGGCUUCAGGAAUCUACAUAGCUUUUUCCUCAGAGCGUUGAAAAUUCCCACACUCGCUCGCUUCCCCAAAAUUUCACCCCUUUCAUUCAAUUCUUCCCUCUUCUCUGCUACUGAUCCAUCCCUCGUUUUCUCCGAACAAUGGCUGCUGGUGUCACUGUCAAGUCCGAGGUUCUAGAAUCUUCUCCUCCUGAAGGAGUUUGUUCCAACACGGUGGAAAACCACCUGGUCCAGACCAAUUUGUCUGAUGGGUCACCCAACAAGUCUGUGCCAGCAUCUGGACUUGAUGCAGUGAUUCCUAGUGCAAAUCAGCUUACCAUCUUCUAUAAUGGGAGUGUUUGUGUCUAUGAUGGAAUCCCUGCAGAGAAGGUGCAUGAAAUAAUGCUUAUUGCUGCUGCUGCUGCCAAGUCCACUGAAAUGAAGAAGAUUGGGACCCAAACUACCCUCAUUUCACCUGUUCCGUCAAGGCCUUCUUCUCCACAUGGAAUCACUAACAAUAUUGGUUCCUCACAGAAGAGUUCCAUCUGCAGGCUGCAAGCUGAAUUCCCAAUAGCACGUAGGCAUUCACUUCAAAGGUUUCUUGAGAAGCGUCGUGAUAGGCUUGGGAGCAAGACACCUUAUCCUUCCUCAUCAACUACAAAAGUGGCUGACAACAUAGAGAACAACUUCUGUGCUGACAAUGCACCAGAACUGAUUUCCUUGAAUCGAUCCGAGGAGGAAUUUCAGCCAACUGUCUCUGCCUCUUGAGCGUAACCAGUGUUUGCUCUAUUCUAUGUUGUGUGAUAGAGUGGAAGACCAUGAGUGUGCUUGUAGAAUCACAGACACUGAUAUAAUUGUAUUAGGUUAUGAAUUCUGUAACUGUGUUUUAUAUGUAACAUAGCUACUGAACCUGAAAUUGUCUGUAACAGUGUAACAUGAAAGUUGUGUGUAUCUGUCCACAUCUAGGAUUGUUUGCUUUGUGUUCUUAUCAGUGAUCACCCAUAUUAAACUGUUAUGCUUGUAUGAGACUAUGUGAACAACUGAUUAUCCAUUGUGUUGAUGUUCCAACUUAUAUUUUUAUGACA